AUUUUUUGAACCGACUUCCACUAUAUUGGACUCCACAAUCUGUGCUACUCCGGUAUACUGAUGAACAGAGUAUAUUAAAUCGCCAUGGAUAUUGUGCACCGAUCAAGAAAUCCCGAAAAGUUAUUAGAGUGCAGUCGAUGACAAUGGAUUAUAAUAUAGUAGUAAUCCAAAAAAGCCAACGCAAAUUUCUAUUUCAGGGUUUCCUGUGACACCCAUAUCUCCGCUCUGCCAACUACGUGUUCUUCAUGCAAGAUCGCAGAUUCAUUCAUAUCAGUAAAAUUGGUUGUCGUUUCCACGAAUUUUCAAUUUCAUCCCCAGGAAAUUCUUCUAUAUAGCCACGUAAAGCAUUCCCACACUUCCCUCAGUCUACUCACCGUCUCCUUCGAAUUUCCGACACCUUUCAUCGUUGUAAAAAUGGGGUCUUUGAAGGGUAAGUUGGACGUGGAGGAGCAGAGCAGCGCCGCCUGCCGGACGGCGCACAGCUUGUCUUCCUCCAUUGUCAGGAAGAAAUCCGACCCGGAGCUUGUUUCUCGGAUCCGGUUUCGGGUCAUCCGGCGGGUUCUCGCAAAUGUUCAGCAGGUGAUUCUUGGAACCAAGCUCUGUGUGCUUUUUCCGGCCAUCCCUCUGGCCAUUGUCGCUCAGCUCUACAAUUUCAGAAGGCCAUGGAUUUUCGCACUGAGUUUGCUGGGGCUAGCACCUCUUGCUGAAAGAGUGUGCUUCUUGACAGAGCAAAUCGCAAACUUCAUUGGACCAACGGUGGGAGGACUGCUAAAUGCAACAUGUGGGAAUGCAACAGAGCUGAUAAUAGCAUUGCUUGCUCUUCACCAGAGAAAGAUUCACGUGCUCAAAUACUCCCUCUUAGGCUCCAUCCUCUCCAACCUUCUCCUUGUUCUUGGGAGCUCUCUUUUAUGUGGAGGGUUGACCAAUAUAAAAAAAGAGCAGAGAUUUGACCGAAAACAAGCAGAUGUGAACAUGUAUAUGUUGUUGCUGGGAUUGUUGUGUCUCGUUUUGCCGCUGAUGUUUAGAUAUUCUUUUGAGCCGUCGGAUUAUACAGAUAGUUCAGUCUUGGGGCUGUCUAGAGCAGGCAGCAUUCUCAUGCUUGGGACCUAUGUUGCUUACCUCUUCUUCCAACUCAAAACUCACAAACAGCUGUUUGAUUCUUCUUCAGAGGAGGAAGAAGAUAAUGUGUCCGAAGAAAAGGGUGUGAUUGGAGUUUGGAGUGCAUUUGCUUGGUUGAUUGGUAUGACAGUCACCAUUGCAUUACUUUCUGAGUAUGUGGUUGGCACCAUUGAGGAUGCCUCAGAUACGUGGGGACUAUCAGUGAGUUUUAUCAGCUUAAUUUUGCUACCUAUAGUUGGAAAUGCAGCAGAACAUGCUGGCUCCAUCAUCUUUGCUUUCAAGAAUAAGUUGGAUAUCUCUUUGGGGGUUGCCCUCGGAUCUGCUUCUCAAAUUUUGAUGUUCGUGGUGCCAUCGUGUGUAGUCGUGGGGUGGAUAAUGAAGGUGAAAAUGGACCUGGAUUUCAGUCUUCUCGAGACCGGAUCUCUUGUUUUCUCCAUUCUUCUAACGGCAAUCACUUUACAGGAUGGAACCUCACACUACAUGAAAGGACUGAUUCUUUGUGUGUCCUACUUGGUCAUUGCCUCUUGCUUCUUCCUUCAUAAACUCCCCAUCUAUCACAACCCAAGAAGUGAUGCCACCGGAGUGAAGACCGCCUGAGUCCCGACUGCACCCGGCCCAUUCCCAUCGUUGAGUAUUAGAGAUGUUUAUGCUCUAAUCUAAAUCUAAUGCAUGUAAUAUAUAUGAAUAUAUUAUUGAAUUUCUCUGUAAUUUUCGCAAUAAAUUUGUGGCAGCAACGAGCCAACGACCAGAAUAGCCGGCUGGACGUAUAUUAGGGGACCAUAUGCCCAAAUUACUUGAAAACAAGGGUUGCUGCCACUCCUGGUUUCAUUUAUUGUAUUUAACUUUUUUCAUGAUAUUAUUAUAUUCUUCUUUGUCCAUAUAUAACGUUUAAUUAUUACUUACUCC